CCCGACCCCUUCCUUCCCCACCGUCACUACCCCACCCCCAGGGGAGACAGAGAGAGACACACACAGAGAUAUAGACAGACAGAGAGCGUCCAGCCACUCUCCAGGCAUAUCAGCACCAAGAGCGGCAGUCAUGGAGGCCGCAGCCGCCCUCCUGGCCUGGUUGCUGUGCGCAGCGACUGUGCGGUGGAGCGGGGCCACGCUGGAGGAGGUGGCCGGGGCAGACCUGUGCAAGAUUGAUGAAGCUUCAUGCCACAUCGAGGAGGAAGUACUCCGCUUUGAAGCCAUUAUGAGUAUACACAAACAGAUGGACGAUGAUGCGAAUGGAAAUGUUGAUGUGGAGGAGAGUGAUGAGUUUUUACGAGAAGAUCUGAACUACCAAGACGCAGCAGCAAAGCACAGCACGUUCCAUGGAGGGGACAAGCUGAUCAGCGUGGAGGACCUGUGGAAAUCAUGGAAAAGCUCGGAAGUAUUUAACUGGACAGGAGAGGAGGUGAUUGAGUGGCUCAUCAACUACGUUGAAUUGCCACAGUAUGAGGAGCACUUCAGAAAACUGCACUUAAAUGGACAUGAUAUGCCGAGGUUGGCUGUGAAUAACCUCACCCUAGCAUGCUCCUUACUCAAAGUGAAUGAUCGCAGUCACCGGCAGAAGUUACAGCUGAAGGCUCUGGACACUGUACUCUUUGGACCACCCCUCCUGACUCGGCACAACCACCUCAAGGAUUUCAUGUUGGUGGUUUCCAUAGUGAUUGGUGUGGGUGGCUGCUGGUUUGCUUACAUCCAGAACCGUUAUUCCAAGGAGCACAUGAAGAAGAUGAUGAAAGAUCUGGAGGGGCUGCAGAAAGCAGAACAGAGUCUGCACGACCUGCAGGAAAGGCUGCAGAAGGCCCAGGAGGAGCAUCGAUCGGUCGAGGUAGAGAAAGUCAAUCUCGAGCAGAAGCUUCGGGAUGAGAUCAAUGCGGCAAAACAGGAAGCACAGCGCUUACGGGGACUGCGGGAAGGCACGGAGAAUGAUUUGAGUCGGCAAAAAUACGCGGAGGAGGAGUUGGAACAGGUACGAAUGGCCCUGAAGAAAGCAGAAAAGGAAUUGGAAUCACGUGGGAGCUGGUCCCCGCCUGAAACACUUCAGAAAUGGCUGCAGCUGACUCAUGAGGUGGAAGUGCAGUAUUAUAAUAUCAAGAAGCAGAGUGCAGAGAGGCAGCUGAACAUUGCUAAAGAGGGGGCAGAAAAAAUAAAGAAGAAGAGAAACACAUUGUUUGGAACCUUUCAUGUGGCACACAGCUCCUCACUGGAUGAUGUUGAUCAUAAAAUACUAUCCGCAAAGCAAUCUCUGAGUGAGGUUACAGCAGCCUUACGUGAGCGGCUCCAUCGAUGGCAGCAGAUCGAGAUGCUCUGCAAAUUUCAAAUUGUCAAUAAUCCUGGGAUCAGUGCCCUGCACUCAGUGCUGAACGUGGAUCCAAGCUGGCUUGGACAGGCAAGGUCCACUCCCACACACUUCAUCCUCACUGAUGACCUAGAUGAUAUGGAGGAGGAAUUGGUAACUCCAGUCACUCUCCAAUAUAUGGCAUGGUUAAUGGAUCAAAGAGUCACUGAUCGCUCCAGGACACCCCUGGAUAAUCUUUCAACAUGGAACUCCACUGCUUCCCUCAGCGUGCAUUCGUCUGUUCGCCAGCGUCAGGUUGACUCUCAGCACGCUGCUGGCUCCCAGAGGGAGUUAAACCGUUCCGAUUCCGAAUCCUCCAUUUCUCAAUCCAGUGAGCAGCCUCGUCUUCCCAACCCCUCGGGCUCUCCCAGUACCCUCCUACACAGCUCUGGAUCUAGAUCCAUGCCAUCCAAGCCUACCUCCCUUCUCAAACUGACAGAAGAAAUCACUCCGAGCCUGAGUGCUGUGUCAGACUCCAACGUCCCCAGCCCGAACAGCAGCAGCAGCAGCAAACAGGCCAACUCGCUGAGCAGCAUGUGUUCCGAGAGUAUCUCCGACAGUCCAGUGACCGGCAGGAAACCUUAUCCCAACCGCGGCCUGGAGAAGUCGGCCAGCCUGGGUGAGAUCCACCGCGGCACGGAGGGUUCGGCCCUCAGCCCCUCUGAAUCCUCACGCUCUCUCAGCCCCACAUCCACUGACCCCGAGUCCACCGUGACCGACGCCAAAAAUGGCCUCAAGGGCACUAGAAUCCCUCAGCUGUCUUCGAAAAAGUCCCCAGUGGAGGAGGACAGCACAUCAACAGGUGAGGAGACUGAGCCCAACCCUGGCAAAAAGAAACCAGGAUUUAAGCUGUUCAAGAAGAAGAACAAGUAAAUCAAGCCACACUGGGGAGCCGGCCUUUUCCAAACACGAGGUCUGCAACAGAACAGAACAGAACAGAACUGAACUGAGAAGAAAGUAGAGACCCAGCACCACAGGGACUCUCAGUUUAACCUUUGGUCAAGAUUUUUACUAGAGCUGUUUGUCCCCAGGGAGUGGAUUUUAUUUAAUCUUAUUUAUUUUACAGACUGGUGUUCCUCAUUUCUAUGCCUCUCCCAAGUCGAUGAACGAGGGAAGCUAUGAGGAGCCUUCUGCUUUUUGGGACAUCUCUUUGUAUCCUGCUGCAUGCCUCCUCUCCCAGUGCCUGAGCUGUAUCAGGGCAGCAUGCACUCGCAAUGCUUCUGCAAAAAAAAAGAAAAACACAAGAAUCAAAUAUUUUAUAAGGUUUCUGUGGAAGGUUUAAAAACCUUAAGGUUUGAAGAUGUAGAGAAUGUUGAUGUAUCUUCUCCAAAGAUCUGAGAUACAAAGCUUGUAAAUGACUUGGUAUGUUUGUACCUUUAAUAAGUGACUGGGGAUGGGAGUCACAUUUAUCAUGGACGUCAGCGCUUUCGUUUCUGUCUAUUUUCUAAUGUUGGUUUGCCAGUGAGUGACCUGUACAAGCCGUGGUUGUGCGCAGUCACACUUGGAUGAAUAGUUGGUCUCUGAUUAAAAGAGGAUGUGUACUGUUGGGGAUGCUGGGGCUGAUCAUUGACUGUGUGCUGUAUUUUUAAACAGAUUGAUCUGCCCAAGUAAAGCCUUGGACAGAGUGGCUGACAGUCAGAGGGCACACCAAGUUCCAUUACCAACCCCCCACCCACCGUGCUGAUGGCCCACUCUGAGAAACCUUGGGCCCAGCCAAAAAUGACACAAGCCGUGCCUUCACUCUUUCUAGCCUUUACUGCCCCCUCUCUAAUCCUCACCCUGUUAUUAAUGUCAUUCUCACCCAUUCUGUCUAUGUUAAUCUUUUCUAGCCAUCACUCCCUCAGUGGGAUUACUCUCUCAAACCCUCAGUGUUAUUAAUCUCACUGUAACCCUCAAUGCUCUCACUCCUACUCUAUCACUGUUGUUAAUCUCAUUCUAAUAAUCCCUGACCCUAUCUCUCUAAAUAAUGUUAAUUUAAGCACUUUGAAGCUAUUAGCUGACCGAAUCUCUUGAAUAUCCCUUGUUUGUGAACAUCCCCAAUAGACACAGGCUGUUACUGGUUUCUUGUCACCUGGCCCUGGUAGGUUGUGCAUCAGAUCUCCAAGUUCUGCCGUGGAAUUAGUUUCUCUUCCUGAAAGCGUACUCAUUAAUUUAAAAUGAGUCUGCUGUGACUGAUCCGAAUCCAGAAUGCAGAUAUUGUUUGCCUGAGCUUAGCAAUUAGCUGAAAGAUUCUGGUUUGUGUCGAGAAUCUUAGUAGAGAAGCGUAGCCUUGCCUCUAGGCAUGUCUCACUGUGACGCUACAAACUUCAGGACUCCAGGCUGGAUGUAAAACCGCGAGUGGCACUCACUUUUACCAAAGUUUGUCUUUGAUCUGAGCCUUUAGUUUUUCUGGGUCUAGGCUGAUUGUGUUAAACCUGAUGUGUGAACCUGUAUCUGUGUGUGUUACACUACCAGGGCUACAACAGUUGCAGGGUGGUGUCAGUGUAGACAGUACCCCUGUUUUGGGUAUGCGUAGUCUGUCCUGGCCUGUCUUUGGGGAUUGUUCUGUUUCUUGAGGCUGUGGAGUUUCAACUUUGUUCAUCGAUGAGCUGAAAAACCGACCCUGAGCUUCUGGAAGUCUCCACAUUCCAAGACCUGUUCAGAGGUUGGUUUGAGCUCAAUCUGACUUAGAACUAGGUGUUUCAGAUCAUGUAUAGAGUUUUUGAAUUUAAUUUGUGUGUGCAGGAUGAUUUUGAUGGACAGAGAAUGUGACAGACAGGAAGGUUCAUUGUAGUGCAGUGAGAAACUGAGUGAGAGUGCAUUGAGUUCUGUCUGUGUGAACUGAGAAAACAGUGUGUGUGUGUCUGUGUGUGUGUGUGUGUGUGUGUGUGUGUGUGUGUGUGGGGGGGGGGGGGAGAGGGUGGGGGCGGGAACGGGAACGGUGAUGAUAGAGUUUAGCUAAUAUACCCUGUCUGUGUUUAUUGAAUUUUGUCAAGCUUGUUCUUGAAGAAACCUCAGUGUCGAGCUCAGGCUGCUGUUUGAACAGUGGUCAGUGCAGCGACCAGUUUCGACUGCUGUCCUGAUGAUGUUAGUUCUAGAGGCACUGCUGGGAAUAUAUCCUGAGUAAUGACGGUCAGUUGGCUGUUGGUCAUUCAGUGACUAGAAACGCUAGAUUAGUAUUUCAUCUUUGUGCCAAUCCUGUUCACUGUUGGGAAGUGUAAUUCUGUGUAACACGCUAUUGGACCGGGUGCAGCUUUUGGAAAACACGUUCAGCCUUUGUGGAUGGGAGUAUUUACAUUGCUGUGCUCAAUGGUCAGCCUCACUUGCUCCCUCGCCCUGACAGGUCACUGAUACACCAGGGGUGAUCAGCCUGUUGUCACUGUCAGUUAGUUUUGUAUCAGUGCACACUGUGUGGCUCUGACUGUAUAUGUACUGUCCUCAAUAACAAGAAGUGCUGAUGUAGCAUCCCAGCCUAGUCUGUAAACCUCCCACGCCCCAUCUCACUCAACGCUGUCCCCAGCCCACUCCGCCCCCCCCCCCCCCCCCCCCCCCCCCCCACCCUGAGUCCCCUUUGACCUACCCUAGGACUCCUCGGUGGUCCCCAUUUCCUUUGCUGAGCGCUUAAUGAAGUAAUAAGGGCAGUGAUGACCACCAUCUGGUCCCUCAUGCAAACCGUGCAUCUCUCCCCCACUGUGCUGGCCUUUUCGUUUUCCCUCUCCCUCCCAAAUGGAGUACUCCCCACUCCACCCAUCCCAUUGCCUCCUGUCCCAUGCAGUCUGUUUUCCCCACAUAGUCUCCCCUGCCCCAUGCUGUUGUCCCUGCUCCUGGCUAGCUCAGCGAUGUUAGAAAAAAGUGCAGAGACUCUCCUCUGUUUGGGAGGUUGUGUGGGCUGUUUGUCUUCUGUCCCAUUCUCCCUGUGUGUCUGUGCUGUUAGGAAGGUGGAGGUUGCUUGUAAAUGGCAUUAGUGAUGAGAAGUUGCUGGUCAUGAUUUCUGUGUGAACUCUCCCCCGACUCCGAGCUGAUCAUUGGUAUGUUGGUUGUCUGUGCUCAGUGUGGCAUGCCUAUGUUUCAGGGGGCCUUCCUUUUUACUGCAGUGAUGCUGUGUGUAAUUUUACAGGCUGAUCAAACCAACCAGCUUCUCAACAAGCAAAUUUGCUUUUUUUUAUGAAGGGAAAGUAGUUUUUUUUUGUAGCUAAUGAUGAAUUUUAUUCUGGGUUCAGUGUUGGGUAAUUAAUUGGUACAAUUAAUGUGGAUUGGGUUGAAAUGAGCUGGCCAGCUUCAGUAUGUCUCUGUUAGCAAAUUCCUGUAUGUACUGGUACCAUCUGAAAAACUAAUUCUUACUCACUUUGAGAUGUAGUUUUAGUUCAGGUAUUGCUCCUGUUCUGGGAGUGUUUGAUGGGGACGGUGUAGAAGGAGCUUUACUCUGUAUCUGACCCUGCGCUGUUGCUGUCUGGGAGUGUUUGAUGCUAACUUCAGUGUGCUGAACACACACACGUACAAAACUGUUACAGCACAGUCAGAGAUCCCUGGGUUUUGAACAUGUUCGGGUUCUGUCUCAAAAUACAAGGUUGUUCAUCUGAAAACCUUUCACAGAUCCAGGCUGCGGAGGCACCAUCAGGUGUUUGUGCUGGCCUUUCUUCUGAUGCAUGCUGGGUAGGUGAAGACAGUACUUACUGAAGCUCCAACUGUUUCUGUGGAUCAAGCAGAUUUGUUAAUAUCUCAGUGAUGCACGCUGUAUCAGCCUAUCUGUCCCCCCGUCCCUCCUCAACCCCACCUUUCAGUAUUGCAUGUCUGGGGAGCAUGCGAACCUCGGUAUAGUCCAUGCUAUUCCUUCCUUACUGCUGUCUGCAGGUUUUAGCUUGGCUCUCUGUGCUGUCCCUGGCUGUAAGGACUGCAUUACUAUGAUGUGGAAGGCCCUGUACAUUGGCAAAGGGGACACAGCUAAAUGCUCAGAAGUGCGCGAGCCCUGAGUGAGGAGUUUAUGAAUCACUGGAUGUGGAGAUCUCACAAGGGCCUUUGCUCAGGCCCAGGGCUGUGAUUUCUCAGUGGGUUUCUCUCAGCAUUGCUCUCCUGCAAGGAGUUCUUUGUAUCUCUUGCUGCAGUGAGCUUUCAGGUUUACAAGUGCUGAUGCUUUGUCAGUGCAUUUGCUUCUGAAAUGUGGCUGCAGUGGUGAGGGUGGGGAUUUUACCCCUGGUUGGGUGAAGUGUGGGGUUGGGUAGGGGCCUGUUCAUGAGGAUUGUGUGUGAAGGUGCAUUUGGGGACGUCUACCUUGGCUGAUGUUUGCACAGCCUUGCUGUCACCCAGUCUUCAUAUCUGUGUUCAAUUUCCCCUGUGCUGUUUGUUAUGAAGAGAAAAGAAAGUCUUUGUAAAGUGAAAUAAAAGUAUAAUGUAAAGUUCUGAAACUAAUGUACGAAAUCUUUCACUUUUAUGGCAGCAAAUGCAUGGAAGCAAUAAAUUGAUCAAAUGUGAAGCUGUU